UCACUUCUUCACACUGCCUUGCAGGAAUGAAGUCUACAAACGGGCGCUUUGUGUUUGUAAACGUUUGACCUUUCUAAGUGCUUUCUGGGUAUGUGGGAAAGUGUAUAAGUGUGUGUUUUUUUUUUUUGUUUUUUUUUCAAGGAUGAGUUUGAACAGGAAAUUCUCAUUGGACAGCUGCGUAUCUUCGGAUUCGGGGGGAGUCUUGGCCUCACGCAGAAGAUCCAACUACAAGAUCAAUAAGAAAAACCGAUUAGAAGAUGACUGUGCAGACCUCCAGGAUCAAAAUCAAAGCCUUAACGGGAACUCAACCAUCAAGGAGAAGAUCAUCAGGGAGGAGAGCACUGAACGGCAAGAUGGAGUCGUCAGCAACAAUAGUUUCACAAAAUACAACGUCACCUUCCACAAACUGUUCCCAGAGCUCCCCGAAGAAGACGAGGUGACGCACACCUUCGUUUGCACCCUGCAGAAGGAAGUGUUGUAUUACGGCCGACUGUACGUUUCUGAGAACCAUGUGUGUUUCCACUCGUCCGUGCUGCUUAGAGAAACCAAGGUGGUCAUACCCUUAUCCAGCCUGCAGGAGGUGAAGAAACACAGCCAAACUUUGUCCGUCUUGUCCAUCCAAACUUCUGAUGGAGAGAAGUACAUCUUCGUGUCCUUGCGGAACCGUGAGAUGUGCUACAACCUCCUGCAGAGACUCUGCGCACAACAACAGGAAGCCUCCACCAGCAGCCCUCUUACUUCCUCCCAGGAGAGCCAAGACCAUGGCAACGGGGAGGAGUCAAGUCAGACGUUUGAGGACCAGCGAGAUGAAGUAGUCAGUAAAGGUAACACUGCCUGUUUGCAUACACCUUACAAAGCAGCGACUAUUUAUGAAUGA